CAUGGGGUUUGGCUUCGAACAUCGCCAAUAACUUUUACCAUCCGUAUUAUCUCCUCGAAAACGCCGGCGCCACUUGAUUAACCCUCGGCUACUACGAUGCCGCCUGUGCCGCCUGUGAAGAAUGCUUGAGGAGAACUCGGGGUCGCUGUACACUCCAUGCUGAGAGAGCAUGCUAUUGCUCGUCCCGCUUGUCGUCGCUGUCACCUUAGGACAGUGGACUGCUCGAGGUUUUGCCUCGGCGCGGGCGCCACGGUCUGCUAUUAACGUUUGCGAUCGGGUACAGGACCAUGACCCUCACCCUAACCUACCAGGCAGGCGUACACCCCCGCCAGAGUCUUACACAAAGCGCUACUCCGAGCAGACAUUCAUCGGAACGCAUAACAGUGCCGCCAUAAGGACUGCCGAGAAUGGCUGGAGCCUCUCCGGCAAUCAGUACUUCAAUGUCUCCGUGCAGCUGGAGAGCGGCGUAAGACUGCUGCAAGCCCAGGCGCAUCGAGGGCUCGAUGAUGAAGACGAAAUACGUCUGUGUCACUUCAACUGCGCUCUGAUGGACGGCGGCAGUCUACUUGAGCAUCUGUUGAUCGUUAGGGAAUUCCUUAGCAUAUAUCCACAAGACGUAGUGACGCUGCUCUUUGUCAAUGUGGUCGGUGGUAGCCUGGAACCCUGGAGGCAGGUUUACGAACAGACGGGUUUAUCUCGCAUAUCGUACAGUCCGCCGUCUGCGAAGCGAGCGGGAAAUAUGACGAUCUGGGACUGGCCCACCAUCGAGGAGCUCGUCAACAACAAGAAGCGCCUGAUCACCUUCCUAUCAAGCGGCGCAGACGAGUCUGCGGUACCCUACCUACUCAACCAGUUCGACUACAUGUUCGAGACAGACUUUGGCAUCGAGGCGCCGAAUCAAUAUACUUGCGAGCCUGCGAGACCGAAACGGUACGAUUUAUCACACGUUCCUCCGCGCUUGAGCCUGGUGAAUCAUUUCCUGUAUGCAAAGUUUUUUGGCAUCAGGUACCCAAAUGCGAGCUACGCAAGCUUUACGAAUGCUGCUGGCUUUCACACGGGAGAGCUCGGUGAGCAUGCUGCUCGCUGCCGGUCGACUUAUGAGCGACGACCGAACUUCUUGCUGGUAGAUUUUUUCAAUGAGGGAAGCGUGUUCGAUGUUGAAUAUGGUAUGAACGCUUAUUGAUCCGACUUCCGUGCAGAUUGUUAGCAUCCUACCGCCGUCGUGAUUCCCAAUCCACUCUCGAGGCCACCAGCGCUGCCAUAGCAUGAUCACCGUCUUCCGCACGAAGCGAAACACGAGCCUCAGACUCGCUUUACCUCCAUCGAUCGUGCAACGAAUGUGUCGAAUAUAUAAUAAAUAGCCGGAUUGACCACAUUGGC